AUGGCCGACAACGAAGACGAGGGCUUUUUUGCGAAUAUUCUCAAGCCAGGCUCUGCUCUUCAGCCGCAAUUCCUUGCCGUUCUUGAUGGCGCAUUUGCCACCCUGCUUGUCAUCCUCUUUGCACUCGUGUUCCUUACGUCAGGAAACCUACACAUCUUUGUCCUCAUUGCAAUCGAACUCGGGCUGUGGGCUUCCGUGAAAUGGUACACGAUGCAUCUAUCAAAGCUCCCUCGGUACAACACGCUAAAAGUACAAUAG